AUGUUGACCGAAGAAGAAAUCAAGCGGCUGUACAGAAUCCAGAAGACGUUGAUGCAGAUGCUCAAGGAUCGUGGCUACUUUAUCGCGGAUUCUGAAAUUACGAUGACCAAAAGUCAGUUUGUUAGGAAAUAUGGGGAUAACAUGAAGAGGGAGGAUCUUGUUACUCUCAAAGCUAAGAGAAACGAUAACAAUGAUCAGCUCUAUAUUUUCUUCCCUGAUGAGGCAAAAGUUGGAGUUAAGACGAUGAAGAUGUACACGAAACGGAUGCAAGACGAGAGUGUAUACAGAGCGAUUUUGGUGGUGCAACAGAACCUGACCCCUUUUGCUCGAACUUGUAUAAGUGAGAUCUCUUCAAAAUUUCACUUGGAAGUUUUCCAGGAGGCGGAAAUGCUAGUGAACAUUAAAGAGCAUGUUCUUGUUCCGGAGCAUCAAGUUCUUACCACUGAAGAGAAGAAAACUUUACUUGAAAGAUACACUGUGAAGGAGACGCAGCUUCCAAGGAUCCAGGUGACUGAUCCAAUCGCAAGAUACUUUGGACUUAAACGUGGGCAAGUCGUGAAGAUCAUACGUCCAAGUGAAACUGCGGGUCGUUAUGUUACCUACCGCUAUGUUGUAUAA